AUGGGUUCUGAUGAUCGAGGAUCUCUGCGUUUUAUGAAGAUGGAGAUCCCUUCCUUUGAGGGUCAAGACCCUAACAAUUGGAUCUUCAAAUCCGAAUUGUUUUUUCGUCUCCAACAGACUCCGGAUCAUCUCAAGGUUCAGAUCGCAGGGUUGAAGAUGAACAGCGCCGCCGGAGAUUGGUUUCAAUGGAUCUUUAAUAGCGGUACUGUACAGACAUGGGAGGAGUUCACUACGACUGUGCGACAACGCUUUGGUUCGUCACAUUACAGAGAUGUCCGAGGAGUUCUUGCCAAAUUGACCCAAAAUGGUUCCUUGGCAGAUUAUAUGCGUGAAUUUCAACGAUUGCUGAAUCAGGUACAUGAUCUCAGUGAUAAUCUUUUAAUGGUUCUUUUCAUUUCGGGAUUGCAACCUGAUCUCCAGGGAGCAAUUCAGUUGCAUUGGCCCACUAGUUUGCAUCAAGCUAUGCAAUUAGCAUUAGCUUAUGAUACCCAUCAUUCUGAUCUUCGUUCAUCGUUCACAAAUCAUACAAAUCAUACCAAGAAACCAUUUCAUCGUCCCCACUCACCAAUUAAAAUUGACAAACCUACUCCUUUAGCUAUUCAAUCAUCCCACACACUUGCUUUACCAGCACCACCUACAGUACCUGUUCGAAAGCUGUCCCCUGAGGAAAUUCGACAGAAAAGAGAACUGGGUAUAUGCUUCACAUGUGAUGAAAAGUGGACGGCUAAACAUCGAUGCAAGGCCAAGAUGAUGCUUCUUAUAGGUGAAGUAGAAGAUUCGGGUGAAGAGCAAGAAGAAGAGAUAGUUUGGGGUUUAGAAGAAACCAAGGGAACUAGAAUUGAUGCAACCUUGCAUUCUCUGUCAGGGAGUAAUAAUCCGAGAUCAAUACAGUUGAAGGCCAGUAUUGCGAAUCAAGUAGUUAAUGUGUUAGUAGACUCUGGAAGCUCUUAUAACUUCAUUAGAAGAAAGCUUGCUGAGGAACUUCAACUGCCUAUGACCAAGUCUUCCAAGAUGAGAGUCUUUAUGGGAAGUGGAGAAUUUCUUCUUUGUGACAGAAAGUGUCCUAAUGUCAAACUCCAAAUUCAAGGCCAUGGAUUCAUCACUAACCUGUGGGUUAUUGAGUUGAGUGACCUGAAUGUAAUUCUAGGAAUGCAUUGGUUAACUCAGCUAGGCAAGGUCACACAUGACUACAAUAAUUUGUCUAUGGUAUUCAUAUGGCAGGGCAUACCAAUCAAAUUGAGUGGCUGUCAACAACAAGGAGAAGAGUCAUUAACAGCAAGGAUGCAAGGUGAUUGUCAUACUCUAUCACUGCAACCGAUUGAGGAGGCUCAAGCAAAGGAGAUAGCCUAUCUGGGCCAUGUAGUGACUGUUUCUGGUGUGAAGGCUGAUCCAAGGAAGCUAUCUGCAAUAACAGACUGGCCUAUACCUCAUUCCAUCAAGCAACUAAGGGCUUUUCUUGGUUUAACAGGAUAUUAUAGGAGGUUUGUACAACAUUAUGCUUCAAUAGCCCAUUCACUAACUGAACUGUUGAAACAGGACAAAUUUUCAUGGACUCCUGAAGCUGAUGUAUCCUUCCAAAAGUUGAAAGUGGCCAUGUCCACCACACCUGUUUUAAAUCUUCCAGAUUUUAGUUCUUCUUUUGUCAUUGAGUCGGAUGCAUCAAAUUCUGGAGUAGGGGCUGUUUUGUUACAAAAGGGAAAGCCUAUUUCAUUUUUUAGUAAGAAAUUGGGGGUGAAAAUAGCAGUAGCUUCUACCUAUGUCCGAGAGUUAUAUGCACUAACUGAGGUUGUCAAGAGGUGGAGACAUUACCUCCUAGGUUCUCAUUUUGUGAUAAGGACAGAUCAUCAAAGCUUGAGACAAUUGCCCACCCAAACAAUUCAGACUCCUGAACAACAAAAGUACAUGUCUAAGCUUCUUGGUUAUAGUUUCAGCAUUGAGUAUAAAACAGGACUUUCCAAUGUGGUGGCAGACUCUUUAUCAAGACAACAUGAUGACAUGGUGCAAGGUACGGUUCUAGCUUUGGUAUCUGAACCAAAAUUUGAUUUAAUUAAUCAAAUUAAGUCCGAAAAUUUGUCAGACCAAGACCUAUUGACUAUACAUCAGUCAUUGGUUAAUGGUACAAACAAGGACCCCUUCAUCACAUGUAAAGAUGACAUUCUGUUUCACAAGGACAGAUUCAUGUUGGGCACACAAUCCCAACUUAAGGCCAUUCUGAUUACUGAAGCCCAUUGCACACCAUUGGGAGGCCAUGCAGGUGUCUUGAGGACUUUCCUUUGA